CGUGAUAGUUAAUAUUAAAAAAAAAAACUUUAAAAGGGGGUUGGUUUGAGUUUCCCCACCUAUCCCACCUUCACCUACUACAAAGAGAGAAGAAAGCAGCACGUCAAGUAGCAGACAAAUCUCGUCUCACUCUUUUCCUGUUCUGUCUUAAAUCAGAGUUUUUGCUCCUUUCUCUGUUCAUCUUUUCACCAGAAAGAAAAAAAAUGGCUUUGCAAAUGCAGACUUCCACUACGAUCUUCAAAAACCCCGCACCAUCUACCGCCGCCGAUGCACUCACCGGAAGAUUCUUCUCAGGAACCGUCGCGGUUCGCCGGGAAACGUUAACGGCGUGGCGAGGCGUCAGAUGCAGCGGCGGUGGAGUUGGAGACGCCGGGAAGAAAAAAGCGGUUCCUAACUCCAACUACGUAGUGCCUUUGGACAAGUUCUCGUCCUCUUCUUCCAUCACUCGUCCUCUGAUUGAGAUACUUCGAGAUCUCAACAAGAAGAUCCCUGAUAACAUCGUUAAGAGCCACGAUCCUGGAUCCAGUGCUGCUUCUUCUGGUUUCAUCCCUUGGUUCCAUGCUAAUCGGAUGCUCAGCUUCUACGCACCUGGUUGGUGUGGGGAGGUUCGUGACGUCAUUUUCUCAGAGAAUGGUAAUGUCACUGUUGUUUAUCGUCUUACCAUUCGUGGCUCUGAUGGUGAGGCACACCGUGAAUCGACUGGGACAGUAACCAUCACUGACGAUCACAUCGAGGAUCCGGUUGCUGCAGCUGAGGAAAUUGCAUUUUGUAGAGCUUGUGCUCGAUUUGGUCUCGGCUUGUAUCUCUAUCACGAAGAGUAGGCCAAGUAUGCUUACCUUUUUUGGUUGAACAAGUGUCUAUCAACUUGUUAGAGAGACCCUUAUGCAUUCUAGAGUGCUAAAUAUAUGUAAUCAUGUCUACAAACAAGUUAUAAUAAUACAUAUAUAAGCAGAUGAUGAUCCGUCAA